AUGUCUUUCUCUACCAACAAAAUACGUCAAGCGGCACUAAAGGUCGUUCAACACGCCUCGCGACCUGGGGGAGAAAUGGACAAAGAGGAAUUCACAAUGUCUCUCGCUCGAAAGCGGAUAGCGGGGGAGUUAGACGUAGAAGAAGGGUUAUUGAGAGAAGGUGAGAUGAAAGUUAAGGUGAAGAAAGCUGUUGAGUGGGCUUUGGAACAAAUUGACAAUACGAGUAACACGACCAAUUCUCAAAUUCAACCUGGUCCUUCUUCCCCUGAUCCUAAGUCCAAAACUAAAUCCUAUCCUUCUGAAACAAAACAUAAGUCCACGAAACAUGAGUCCAAAUCUGAGCACAAGAGUAAGAUUAAUCGGAGCGAAACCAAAAGGAGGGAGCAGAUCAACUCCAAAGUCUCUCGUCAGCCUACUAAAGAAAAAUCGUCUAAAAAACGACGGAAAUCCAGUCCAUCUUCUUCUCAAGUUUCAUUCGGUGAUCGGGUCGACAUCUCGGAGCAUGAGACGGAAGAUACUAAUGUGGAGAUACAACCAGAUGAGAAAGACGAUGAUAGUGACGAAGAAACUUCUGCAGGGGGAAAACGAAAGCGCGGGGAAGUCAGACAAGAGAGAUCUUCAGAGGAGAAGUCAGAGGAAGAGAAGAUAGAUAAACAAGCCGAUGGAGAUGACGUAUCUGAAAUGUCUUCAGUGUAUGACGAACCUGUUCGUGGGAGAGUCUCUAAGAAUAAAGGAGUGAAAGGCAAAAGAGGAUCAACAGAAGGAAAGAAAGAAGUGAAGAGGCAGAGAAAAGAUCCAAUCGAGGAACUCACAGGGGAUGAACGUAAAAUCGCAGAGUUGAAGAAGAUUGUGAAUGCUUGUGGUGUCAGAAAACAAUGGUCAAAAGAAUUUUCAGAUUGUCCAACUACCGUAAAACAAAUCUCAAGAUUGAAUUCCAUCCUGUCCUCUCUUGGUAUGCGAGGUCAACCAACGUUGGGAAAAGCCAAAGCUCUGAAAGAACGUCGAGAGUUGGCUGCUGAAUUGAACGAUGUACGCGAAUUCGAAGCCACUCGAGGAUUACGUGGCAAGUCCUCGCGAGAUAAAUCGACCCCAAAGUCGGAAUCGGAGUCAGAGGAAGAAACCAAAGAGCCUUCGGCUAUGGACGCUGUGAUGGGGUUCUUCGAUGGUGAUAGCGAGAGUGAUUGA